AUGCACCACAUAAAUAGACCCAAUUAUUGCUCGGUCUGUAUAUCUGCCCGUAGGCAUUCGCCCUCCUCCCCUUCCGCACCCCCAUCCGGCCCCCUCCCUCCUCCCUUCCGCAGCCGCCCUCCUCCCCUCCCUGCGCGGACGACGACAACGGUGACCAGGAGGAGCUCCUACCACUGCCGCGGCCUCUUUGCCAUCAAGGCCAAGAAUGGCGGAGCCUUCCCCAAGGCCGCGAAGCCUGCCGCCGCCGCUGAGCCCAAGUUCUACCCCGCCGAUGAUGUCAAGCUGCGCACCGUCAGCACCCGCAAGCCGAAGCCCACCAAGCUCAGGUCUACCAUCACGCCCGGGACGGUGCUGAUCCUGCUCGCUAGGAGGUACAUGGGGAAGCGCGUGGUGUUCCUCAAGCCGCUCAAGUCUGGCCUGCUCCUCAUCACUGGUAAAUCGCUGCUGCCUUCGGCACUGCAGUUGCUUUCCUUGAUACCUUGUAUUCUAGCUCAGUAGGGUAGCUGUAUGCGUUGCUGAUUACUGAACUAAGCUCACGGUUAGCUAUCCAAAGUAAUUAUUUCAUGGUAGAAGAUCUCGCUUGUUUUGUUACCCACAUCUAGCUUGUAGUCAGAUAAAUCAGAUCGACCCUGUUACUAGCAUUUGGUUUUGUUUGAUUACUUCGUCUCGUACACCGGCGUUGUACCUGUUGUGUUUGGAAUUGUGCUUUGAAAGGUGGCUUAGAAACUGCACUGAAAUGCCCACGAAAUACCGAAUCUAGUUCUUGCAUUAUUUCUUUUUGGAUUGUGUUACUUGUAUGAGCAUCCGUUGGUAUACAAGUUAUUCCUGGACAUCAGACAAUCUUACAUAUUAUUGUGUUGUAAAGAAGCUGCCAUUGGCAUUUUGUAGUGGACAAGUUCUGAAGUAAAUUCAGGGCUCCUCUUCUUUUUGAGUUUUAAUUCAGUAGAAAUUGUUUUAUUAUUCCUAGCAAGAGAUUCAAAUGACAUGAAUUUCAUAUGUUUGCCUCAUGGUUUAUGAUGUUUGCCAACAGUGAUUUUGCUACUAAAUGUUUCAGUGAGAGCAGCUAUGUUUCUUAUUAUGCUUGCUAGUUACACGAGGUGGGUGCUCAACUUAGGAGUUCAUAAGUAAUUGGGUGCAAGUUUAUAAUGAAAUGGGUGCAAGUUCAU